AUGGCUCCAGGAACCCCAAACCAUGACACGGGCCCCACUGGCAGUGUGACACCUAUCCCCUCUGCCCGUAAACACCGCCUUGACGAUGCUUACGAUGCGUCGGAGAAUCGCCGGAAAGAUCCCAAGGUCAAUGAGCAAUCCCAGGUGAACAUCACUGAAGGGGCCAGUGACUCCUCAGAGAACGUCGGAAAUGGUGCUCCCUCGCGUGCAUCACCAGAGCUAGUUAUCGAGGGACAAAUGUUUCACCGACAGACCGUGGAGAGUUGGCUGGAAGCUGUCUUGAACAAUAGGCGAACAAAUAGCCCAAGCACAAACUGCCUCGGCGUUGCUAAAUAUAGCAUUAUCUUGACUAUUUUGGCAAUCGCUCAGUUUCGCAUUUCAAAGAGCGAAUCCAGCAACGACGAAGUAUCAGCCCUGCGGUCAACAGACCCCUUAUUUUGCGCGGCAAUGCACCUCACCGAUACAGAGAGGGGAUUUCCACGGUUGGAGUCAGCCCAGGCCAGACUGAUCCAAGUGCUAUAUCUUCUCCAGACAUUUCGCGUGAAUAGGGCUUGGUACGUAUUCGGCAACGUUUAUCAGAUUGUGUCUUCGCUAGGUCUUCACCGGCGGCGCUCGAGGAAACAAAAUGCUCCCUCAAAUGGUCUUUCAAAUUAUAUCAAGGCACAAUGCGCCAAGCGUGUCUUCUGGGUCACUUAUACCAUUGACAAAUAUCUCAGCGUGGUUAUGGGCCGACCACAGCUUCUACAUGAUGACGAUAUUAACCAAGACUUUCCGGACAGUGUUAAUGACGAGGACAUUGGGCCUGAUGGCCUUGUAACCGUGGACGCUGCGGAGGAUUGUCACAUUGAUUCCCUUAUCUUUCAUGCCAAGAUCGCGCAUAUCAUCGGGCGCAUAUCCCGUCAGGUGUACUCAGUUGGCAAUUCCGUUGGUGAGGGCCGAAAGGCGGCUGCAUAUCAUAUGGUUCACGAACUCCAUGUUUGGCGGGCCAACCUCCCCUUGCAUCUAGGCACAAUUAAGCUGUCCACACUAAUACCGAGCUUCCGGAGAGAAGCCACAGCACUUCAACUCGCCUACUCACAUGCACUUAUCCAUGUUAAUCGCCCGUUUCUCCUCGGCGAUGUAGUUAGUUCUGAUGAUGAAUCCGAGGUAAAAGACCGAAUCACUGAAUGUAUUUCCGCUGCGAAAGCGGCAUUAGAAUUAGUCAACACCAUGGCGAAAGACACAAACUUGCUUCAUUCCUUUUGGUGGACUCAUUAUGUGACCUUUUGCGCACUUGCGGUGGUAUAUAUCUGGAAUAUACAGUGCAAGGCACGCAAUGACGAACAUCUGGAGAAUGAAUCAUCGUACGUGAAGUUAUUUGAUCUCGCUGAGAAGUGUCGGGCUCACUUAGCUUGGAAUGGGUCACCAGCAUCACCCGGGCGAAGGUACGCUGCUAUCUUGGAUGAACUGCGCCUGGAGGCACAACGUGAGACAGUCAGCAAUACUAUUAUGGACCCAGGACCAGGAAUAGCUGGGAGGGUGGGCCACACUUCCAAUUCUCAACUCAGCGUCUUCGAUGGCUCCGGCCUAGCUGAAGCACCCUUUGAAUGCAUAGCCUCCAUAGAUAAGCCUGUGAAUCCCGUUCCUAGCAUGCUUGACACAUGGCAAGCUGUCGACUGGCUGGACCUAGACGCCUCUGCUUUCUACUCGGCUCUCGAUGAUCUAGGAAUCUCACCAACGUGGUAA